UUCCAAAUCACCAUCCCCACUCUGGCUCUGGUACAAAUACCGGAAUCUAUUUUUAAAGCACACUUUAAACACGGGCAGCUCUGCAUUUCUUCUCCUCAUCAUAGUGGGUUAGAGUUAAAUGAGCACAACACAGUGGAAGUUAAAAAAAAAAAAAAGCCAGGUAGGCCAUUUAUCUCCCCGCAUAAAAGGUGUUAUUAGUUGGCGAGAAGGCACAGCUGGAAGAUGAAGUCAGAUAUAAAUAAGCAUAUAGCCAGUGCUUUGAGUGGAGUACAUCAGAGUGCUGGGAAACGCGGCUCCAAUCACUACCGCUGUUCCUGGCUCAGUUUCCCUGGCUGACGUCAGUUGACUGCCUUGGCUCUCUCCACUCUCCGCUCCUCCGGACACAGCGCCGAGUAAAAAUGCUGCUCUCUGUGCCGCCAAGGACAGGAAUCAACCCUUACAACAGCUACAACGGCAAAAACAGCAAGAAGGUAAAUAACGACACGGCUGGCUACUUCUAUCGCGUCUUUCUGAAACAGACCUAUGUGUCCCUGUCCAAUCAUCAGAUGGCUCCUCCAAGCCCCAACAGCAACAACAAUAGCAACACCACCACCAUCAGCAAUGGUAGCAGUAACAGCAGCGGGGGAGAGCAGCUGAGUAAAACCAACCUUUACAUCCGUGGCCUCCACCCAGGAACCACAGACCAAGAUCUGGUCAAACUCUGUCAGCCGUAUGGGAAAAUUGUAUCCACGAAGGCAAUCUUGGACAAGACUACCAACAAAUGCAAAGGAUAUGGCUUUGUUGACUUUGAUAGUCCAGCCUCAGCUCAGAAGGCAGUGAUGGCACUGAAGGCUGGCGGAGUGCAAGCUCAGAUGGCCAAGCAACAGGAACAGGACCCCACCAACUUGUACAUUUCCAACUUGCCGCUGUCAAUGGACGAGCAGGAGCUGGAGAACAUGCUGAAGCCCUUCAGUCAGGCCAUUUCCACACGGAUCCUCCGUGACGCCAAUGGCACCAGCCGAGGGGUGGGCUUUGCCAGGAUGGAGUCAACAGAAAAAUGUGAGGCCAUUAUCCAGCAUUUCAAUGGAAAAUAUAUCAAGACUCCACCAGGAGUUCUAGCACCAUCAGAACCCCUGCUGUGUAAAUUUGCUGAUGGAGGCCAGAAGAAGCGUCAGAGCCAAGGAAAAUAUCUGCAGAAUGGUCGGUCCUGGACAAGAGAUGGAGAGGCUGGAGGAAUGACCCUCACAUACGACCCCACCACAGCCUUACAGAAUGGGUUUUACUCUUCUCCCUAUAGCAUUACCCCCAAUCGGAUGAUUGGACCAACCUCUCUUUCCCCAUAUAUGCAUUCACCUGUGUCCACCUAUCAGGUACACAACCCGUCCUGGAUACAUCACCAGUCGUACAUAAUGCCACCCACAGGAGCAGUCCUGACGCCUGGAAUGGACCACACCAUGUCCAUCCAACCAGCCUCAAUGAUAGGGCCUCUAACACAGCAGCUCAGCCACCUCUCCAUGGGCAGCAGUGGUACAUAUAUACCUGCAAACACAUCUAUGCAGGGGACCUACAUACCCCAGUACACCCAAGUGCCUGCCACCAACAUCUCAGUUGAGGAAAGUGCCGUCCAACAACCUGUUGCCAUAGAGACACCCACAGAACAUGCAACCUACUCUUACCAGCAUAACAAGUGAAGAGAUUUUCAUCUGGAGCCUGACUGACUCUCAAGGGGGUCCCAAGAGCUGAAAUUCCCUAUGUGAGGAACUAAACACUCCAGGAACAUGAACUGUUCCACACAAAGGACAUAAAAGAGAUAUUUUCUAUGAACUCAUUUUAAAACAAAUUCUUUUGCUCCAAAAAAGCAGAGCUGGAGGACAGCAGACAGCGGGGAAAUGGAAGAACAGAACAGUGAGCAUCUAUUUUGAUAACUGUCAAGAAAAAAAGUUCAAAAAAAAGCUUUUAAAUGUCUAGUGUAUGAUUGUUGUUCAUAUUCACUUUUUUUUUUUUUAUAAAAACACUACUCUGGGGAGCAAGUGAAACCAGGAAAAGAACAUUUCAGCACCGUGUUUUAAGUCAUGUUCUGUUUUUGAAUUUUUGUAAGAUAUGCUGAUUUUUUUUUUUUUUUUCCUUCCUCUUUUUGUUUGAUGCUUUCACAUUUUUUUGAACCAGCCUUUUUGUACAUAGUGGUUUUUUUUUGGUGUGUGUGUGUUUCUAGCCUUGUCCGAUAAAUUGGUGCAAAUAUUUGGAAAAAGCUGAUAUUGUAGAUGGAUAUGGUGCUGACAUGGGUUUAGCUUCCUUCUCUUAAAAAGGCAGCGAGUUUAUCAGGUAUGAAACCUUACCUGAAGCGGUCUCACUUUAUUUUUGGCACUUCAAUAUUUAAAAAAAAAAAAAAAAGGAAAAGUAAAAAAGAAAAGAGUUCCAACAAUCUCAACAAAGCUUCAGACAAUCAGAUCACAUGGAAGAGAACAUUUUAAGCUGAUGGUCAUUGCCGAUAUAUUUCAUAGAGAGGACUUCUUUAAAGAGAAUAGAUUCAGAGCAUUCCAGAUGUUGUUAUCAGAGUUUUAAAUAUUGGUUCACUUGGAGCUGCUUCACACGGUGAAAUCCAAAGUUGUUUAACAGGGAUCACAUCUCACACACAGCUGCCUGUAAAUAGAUUUAAACUUAUUCAGACUUUCUUGUGAUUUCCUUCUUACAUGUGAUGUAAUGCUUCAGUUAUUUUAAUAACAACAUUACACCAAAUGAACAUACAGCAAUGUCAAUGUUGUUGUUUUUUGCCCCCACCCAGUGUCCCUUUUUGUAAACGGGGAUGCUGACUCUCCACUCCCAAAAAAAUCUCAAAAAUCUAUUUUCUGAAGCAGGAAUCAAAUGUUGUUAUUAAAGUAUAAAGAUGUAAUUACACAGUUGUGGAGCUCAACUGGUGAAGCAUGAAUCUGUCCUGUUAUAUCUGCAGAAAACACUAUUUAAAUGAAUCAUUAUGGCCAGGCUAUGGAUGCUGUGAAACUGGCCAUUGUUGUGUGUUUGCAAUCUUCUUCAUUUCUGGUUUUUACAUUCAUGUGUUGUUUUUUUUUUUUUUUUUUAACAUUAUUUAAAGGUUUCUUUAAAAAAAAAUCAGUUUUAAAACUUAAGAUUGAGCUUAUUUUUCAAAGAAGCUUUGAUUUUUAUUUUUGAUAGUGUGCCGUGUGCUUAAAAUGGUGAGAAAUGGAUGUUUUCACUUUUGAAAACUUUUUUUUUUUUCUUUACUCGUUUGCAUACUUCCUUUGUGGUUUCAGUGUUGAUGUCAAAGAGGCUUUAAUAUUUCACUUCUGUCAGUGUCACCAGUGUUGGCACUUUACAGACAUGGCUCCUAAUGAUGAAAUAUGUACGCUUAGGUUCAGAUGCGCAUUUCUGCAGAGUUGCACCCCACGCAGUUGGGAUCAGCGUAAGAGCAAUUUAUGUUGCAAACCUUGACUUACCUCAUCCUGCCAGAGCAACGUAGAUUCAGUUUGUGUUCAAUGUUCACGGGCAGUAACCGACUACAGUGGGUGUCAUGGCUGUUCACAGCUGGUACUGUGUCCACAUCCUUUAACUCUUCCGUCCAAUGUUUGGAAAACAUGCCCAAGGUCUGUUGAUCUAUGCAAUUAAUUUAUUGUCCUUAUACAAAUGCAAUAGUACAAAUAUCCAAGAGACACCUCCUGUUAUGACAGUGGCUCACCUCACAGUGACUUUAUAUUCUGGCUGACAUGGCUUUUCUCUUUUCUUUAUAAAUGGCUUUGUUUUGCUUUGUGACGCAUGCAUCUGUGGUUCGUUAGUUGUCAGCAAAAUUGCUGCAUUAAAAGGGAACUUUUUCAUACCAAAAUGUGGUUGUUAAUAGGAUUGUAAUUAAAGUAAGAACUCUUUAAAAAUAUGGCAGAUUUGGGGGGGGGGGGUCCUAUUAUUUUUUUGUAUGAAGGCACAUUGCCACUUUUUUUCCCACUUUUGUUUGCUUUUUGUUUAAGCACAGACACCACAGCAUUGUUUUUCACCAUUCCACCCAGUUUUGGCUUUUAUGGUAUGGAUAAAUAUUGUGUCCUAUCUACUCCUUUCUUAGCUGUUACCUUUUUUUUUUUCUCUCUCUCUCUCUCUUUAACCAUGAAACCUUUUUUAUUUCCAGGUGAAAAAUCAACCUCACAGAAAUGCCUUAGAUUUCACUGGAAGGGAUUGUGAAGUGCUACUCAGCUGUGUUGGGCUUUAUCUCUGACUGGAAUUGUUUUCAUGCACUGCAAACUGUUGAAGUUGUUUUAUCAAACUCCUUGAGAUAUUAGAUCUAUGAAGCAAAGAGGCGUUUAAAUGUUGACUCGCUGUUUUGUGUUUACCAUUCCAUUAUUUUAAUCCAAAAUACUGAAGAGAAAAGAAAAAAAAAAGAGUUGUGGCUUAUUGCUGCUAAUUUUGAAUUCUUACAUCUGAAGGUCAUUUAAUGUAUCAAGUCAAAUAUGGGGUCAGUUUGUAACCAGUUCACCAGUGUCCAUGAAGUUUUCUGUUUUGUUGUGCGCAUCGACUUCUCCUCAGUGUUUGUGCCAUGAUGCAGUUUUUUUUUUUCCCUUCAUAGAGAAGAAAUCCCUUCAGUUUGAUUUUUGAACU